AAUCAGCGCGCUUAAGAUCGACUAGUCCACUUCCCGGUUCGGUAGAGAAGGAAGGGGACGAGUGAGGUCUUGCGCCGCAGACUACCAGAGCUCACAGGGGCCACUUAUCUGCUUCUCUCUUCCUGCUGCCGCCUGUUCCCCGGACCGAGGUGCCCACCCCAUCUCUCCCACCAUCAGAAGACCAUGGACUCAGAAAAUGACCAGAUUGACGAUUCCUCAUUUGGCAACACAGAGACCAACGGUAAGCGCCCUGCUGAGGAUGCAGAUGAGCAGAAAUCAUUCAAGCGCUCUAGGAACUCAGAGGAGAUGGUUGAGCUGCGCAUCCUCCUGCAGAGCAAAAACGCUGGAGCUGUAAUUGGAAAGGGUGGCAAAAACAUCAAAGCCCUGCGUACAGACUACAAUGCCAGUGUGUCAGUCCCAGACAGCAGUGGGCCUGAGCGCAUCCUGAGCAUCAGUGCCGACAUCGAGACAGUUGGAGAAAUCAUGCUCAAAAUUAUCCCAACUCUGGAAGAGUACCAGCAGUACAAUGGUAUGGAUUUUGACUGCGAGCUACGAUUGCUGAUUCACCAGAGCCUUGCUGGCUCGAUCAUCGGGGUGAAGGGAGCCAAGAUCAAGGAGCUGCGGGAGAACACAAAAACCAGCAUCAAGCUGUUCCAGGAGUGUUGUCCUCAGUCGACAGACCGGGUGGUGCUGGUUGGUGGUAAAACGGAGAGAGUGGUGGAGUGUAUCAAGACGAUGCUGGAGCUCAUUGCUGAUGCUCCCAUUAAGGGCCGUGCACAGCCAUAUGAUCCCAACUUCUACGACGAAACCUAUGAAUAUGGUGGAUUCACCAUGAUGUUUGAAGAGAGGGGCGGCGGUCGUAGGCUUAUGGGAGGGUUUCCCAUGCGUGGGGCCAGGUCUAGUGCAGUAGACCGUGGAUUCGACCGAAUGCCCUCAAGCAGAGGGGCACGCGGACCCCUGCCUCCUUCCCGCCGGGAAUACGAUGAGAUGAGCCCCCGUCGAGGCCCUCCUCCACCUCACCCCGGUAGAGUCAGCAGGGGGAGCAGCCGUGCACGCAACAUGUCUAUGGGUCACCCACACAGAGGAGGAGAUGAUCGUUACUAUGACUCGUACCGUGGCUCAGAUGACAGGUCAACUGACAGAAGAAGCAGACCGGAACGCUAUAGCGAUAGCAUGAGUGGAGGAGGAUACGACAACAGUUCUUCCUGGGAUAGCUAUCAGUCAGGUGGACGUGGCUCCUAUAGUGACAUGGGUGGUUCUGUCAUCACCACACAAGUGACGAUCCCUAAGGAUCUGGCCGGCUCAAUCAUUGGUAAGGGAGGCCAGCGGAUAAAACAGAUCCGCCACGAGUCUGGAGCCUCCAUCAAGAUCGAUGAACCUCUGGAAGGUUCAGAGGACCGCAUCAUCACCAUCGUUGGCACCCAGGAUCAGAUCCAGAACGCCCAGUACCUUCUACAGAACAGUGUGAAGCAGUACUCUGGUCAUUUGCUGUAAGCCCAGGAGACUCAGAUUGAAGAAGACCCAGACACCC